AUGGCCAGCUAUUUGGGGCAGGUAGAGACACUAAAAGAUGAAUUUAAUUCUCUCAUGCCCUUCAUUGAUAGUGUUACUAAAAUGCAGCGGGACAAGUUUUUCAUAGUUCUAGCAUUAAUUGGGCUUCGUUCUAAUCUUGAUUCUGUAAGGGACCAAAUAUUAAUCAGUCCUGUUAUUCCUACAUUUGAGGAUGUUUCUGCUAAGCUUCUUUGCAUCUCUCUUAGUCAGAAUAACCCAACAGAAAGUGAGUCUUCAGUGUUGGCUGUGCGGAAUGAUAAUCAAAAGGGAACAGGUGGCUACCGAAAAAGCAAGGUCAAGAAGUCUUAUUGCACCUACUGUGAUAAAAGUGGGCACACAAGGGAUAUCUGUUGGAUACUUCAUGGUUGUCCACCACGUACCAAUCAGUCCAACAAUGUUCGAUCAACUGCACAUAUCAUCCAAUCUAAUGCCAAUGGCCUACUUCCUCUACCUGAUGCUAAGGAGGGGGCACCAGAUUCUAUCACCUUAACUAGAGCAAAUUACAAGGAAUAUCUGCAGUACCAAACAACAGAACAACAGCAGUCCUCUUCAUCUAGCACUUCUCACUCUGGUACUGACGCACUCUCUGAUGACUCUCAUCCCAUUGCACCAUCACCUACUCUAGUCAUGCCUUCAGCAGAAGCAGUUACACCUCCAAUUGCUCUUCGGAAAGGUAUUCAAUCAUCUCGCAAUCCUUAUCUUAUUUAUAACUUUGUGAGCUACCAUCGUUUAUCUCCAUCCUACUAUGCUUUUGUGUCCAAUAUGUCUAAUGUUUUUAUUCCUAAGACGGUUAGAGAAGCAUUGGACCAUCCAAGGUGGUGA